AUGGCUAAUAACUCUUCCGCCACUAGGAAUGAAUUUUUCAAAGAGCUUAAACCACGAUGCGUCUCCAUCAACAAUUUAACCGUCCGCGCAUCCGAUAAGAGAGCGAGUGCUAAGGAUCUACUAGAUGUAGUUGAAGAUCUCUCUACCGUCCUAGACCGGCAGAUUUCUGUCGAUGAGACUGUUUUGGAUGAGAAGCUUGCUGAUUAUAUCUUUUUCCCACUCUCCAACAUUUUACGAAAUCAACAACAAUAUCCUAUCCGAUUGACAGAGCUAACUAUUAAAUGCCUGCGAAUAUUAAUUCAUUAUGGAUGGAAAUCUAAGGUUCCCAAUGAACUUUCUCAGCAGCUCUUCAUAUUUCUUACCUUCAUCAUCGGUGGUGUUCCCGGCCAGGAGAAGAAAAAUGAGAUACCAGAGGAGACAGAAUUAGAAGCACUGAGGGCGUUGACCGAGUUAAUCAAAGCUACUGGUUCCUCAUUAGCUGGGGCGGCCGCACUGGUCGAUACAGAUGCGAUACCUACCUUGGGCCAUGCUAUCACCAUCAUACUAGACAGUAUUACGGAUGGCAAAACGUCCGAUAUUAGACUUGAGGGGCUGGGAGCACUGGAUGCGCUUCUAGUCGCGAUCAGGGAUCAAACUGCCUUAGCUACUUUUCUACCUGGAAUAGUAUCAUCUCUCAGCAGAUUACUUACACCUCCCGUGGCAUAUAAACACCAAAGAAGAGUCUUAAUUGGCGGUAUCAAUGCCAUGAAGGAUGUACUUACUAGGGUUCUAGGAGAUAUAAAAAUCAUGGGGAUAAUGAAGAAGCAAGCGAGAAACGGAAGUGAAAACACUAGCGAGGGCAAGGUUUUAUCGCCAUCGUGGUUGAAGGCAACUACUUCUAAGGUGAAGCUUGCUCUUGCAAGCGUGCUAAAGUUACGGAAUGCCGAUUCCGAUGACAUACGGGUUGCCCUAGAGAGCCUGUGCAUCAGCCUUCUAGACGAAUGUCAUGAAUCUCUUGUGGAAUGUGUAUCUAUACUUGUUGAGAGUGCUAUGAUAUUAGCAAAUGAAGAAAAAGAGAAAUCGGUAUUCGAGACAAGUCUAGCUGAUCUAGCUAGGAUCUACCCGGAACUCGGAGACACGAUCAAGACUACAGUAUACAACUGGGUUACAAGUCUUCCUCGGAUAGUACAAUCCAGCGAUGACAAGGUAAAACAACAAGCGAUCAGAAAUCUCAUCAAAGGCCAGUAUUUUAUCAAAACACUCCAGAUUGAUUCAUCCAUUCUAGACGACUCGUUAGCUGCCUCGUUGAGGGAUAGUACCACUGCACUUGUCCUUGCAUCGAAAUCAAGCGGGAUGUCGGAGCUUCCUUCGAAUGCUAUUGAGUUGGACAUGGAUGUGGUUAGACGGGAUGGACCUAAUACCUUUCCACCUAUCCUGAUAUCACAAGAAACCGAGAAGUCUACGCGAAUAGCGCUCCUUGACUUGCUAUCGAAAGUCGGGUCUAUCUCUCAGCAAGGUAAAUUAGCUGACGAUUUAUUGACCUACGUCCGAGAUUCUACGGGGCCCAGUCAGGUUGUGUCGUAUUGGUUAGCCUUUGAGUUGGUCAAGUCGAAUUUAUCUCAGUCCUCAGAUUUAGAUGACUUCCUUGAUUUGAGUUCAGCAACUGGUACAACAGACGAAAGCGAACCAAUUUUCCAAGAGCUCUACUCUUUCUCCGUUGCAGUCAUAGAUUCCCAAGCCGAGGCAGAAGAGGUUGACUGGCGACUACAAGCUCUCGCCUUAGAAGUUACGACUUUUGCCGCUUCGAGGAUGAAAGAAAGCUUCCGUCCAGAGCUUAUUGAUGUAUUGUACCCUAUCACGACAUUUCUAGGUUCCGGGGUACCUAAAUUACGGGACCAUGCGAUCAUCAGUCUUAACAGCAUUGCAACGAUGUGCGGAUACUCUAAUGUCACCGACCUAAUCAUCGAGAAUGUUGACUACAUGGUUAACUCGGUAUCCUUACGUUUGAACACAUUUGAUAUAUCCCCUACGUCAACUCAGGUCUUACGAAUGAUGAUAAGGCUUACCGGUCCAAAAUUGAUACCGUAUCUCGACGACGUGAUCGCAUCGAUCUUCGCGGCUCUCGACAACUACCACGGAUACCCUUUAUUUGUAGAGAGCUUGUUCAGCGUCCUUACAGAAGUGGUACAGCAAGGGUCACACUCGGACCAUUUACUUUUAGAUGCAGUGAAAUCAUCAGCGAAAGACCACAAGAAAAACUUACAAGCCAUGGUCACGACCGAAGACAUCUACAACAUUCUCUCUAGCCGGAUAGAAAGGCAAGAAAAGCGGCGGCUCGAAGAAAUUCACCGCGAAAAUAUCGAGUCUCAUCCAGAACGACCCUGGAAAGAGAUAAAUACAAGCGUACCCGAGAAUGAUGAAGGUGAUGAAGAGCCUGGUACCGAAGUCGAGAAGCCGCCACCCCCUAAAACACCCACCUUCAAGAUUCUCACUCGUAUCACCGACCUAACGCAACAUUACCUAACAUCUCCGUCGCCAACGUUGCGAAAAUCGCUCCUGGAACUUCUGGCUACCGUUUGCCCGGCGCUCUCACCUGAUGAGGACGCAUUUUUACCUCUCGUUAAUUCGGUCUGGCCUGUUCUAGUUGAGAGGUUAUACGAUUCUGAGUCAUUCGUUACAAUUUCGGCCUGCAAAACUCUGGCUACGCUUUGCCGGAGUGCCGGUGACUUCCUUAACACGAGGAUCAAGACGGAAUGGUGGGAUACGCUCGGUGGGUGGUGUAGGAAAGUUAAGGUAGACGCGACCCAAUCGAGCGGUAAAUCGAAAGUGAAAACUAGAGCGAAUCGUGGUGAUCAGCAAGAUCGUAAUAUCCUGGUACCAAUCCGUUCCCGCAACGGUGUCGAGGGCAAAGAGUCAAGCACAGCAGUCGGAUCUGUGUCAAGCACGGGCCUAGGCAGAUUUACUCAAGCCGCACAGGCCUGGGAGGCAGUGCAGGAGCUUCUCGUCGCCAUCGUGUCAUUUGUUCAGAUUGAUGACGACGUAUUCGAUCAGAUCCUCCUAUUGCUAGCGGACACGCUAUCUACGAAUCUUAAGGCUAAGGCUGCGCUGGAGGCCGUAGACCCCGACGCAGUGUGGCUCAUGAUGUAUGAGCGAGGGAUGGUUGAGCCAAUGGAAAAACCCAUCUUGCCUGGGGUAGAUUUUGUUGAUCUAUGGGGUACGUAG